AAACUUGUCUCUUCAUUGAACUGAAACACAGACCCACGGAUAUGAUCGACAGUUUAUCGAUGAAAACAACCUUUGAGUCUUCUUAAAACUAUAAAAUAUGUAGGAUGGUUCCUCUUUCAUAAAAGAGCAUAAACCAUUACUCUACAUAAUUAAAAGAGCCUAAUCAGGUUCACUACAGGGGUUUUUGGAAUACAAAUCCGAGAGGACGCUUUAAUAGCCAUUUUUGGAGUUCCAAAGACGCCUCAUAAUAUAACUCCCCAGCAAAAUGAGAUCUUGGCCUUUUGCUCCCUUCUUGCUAGACGGUGUAUUUUACUUCUUUGGAAAUCUCCCACGCCUCCAUCUGCAUUGCAAUGGCUUAACACUGUCCGGACAUUCUUGAAGGUGGAGAAGAUCUCACUCACAGUGAAAGGUAGUUCUGCAAAAUUUAUCCACAAGUGGACACCCUUUCUGGAAUAUCUCAAAUAUUUUCCUUAGUGCGCAGCAAUUUACCCAUCCUGCGACUAUAUUGAAAAGAGUCUGACACUUAUUCCUUUUUUUUAGGUAGACAUUGGAUUUUAGCACCCCCCUUCCCCCUUGUAUUUAUUAAUUUAUUUUUCAAUUUUGUUUAUUUAUUUAUGUAUUUAUUUACUAUUCUUAACGUUGUUUCUUCAAUAUUAUGUUCUUCUGUUGGUAUGAUUUUUUUUAAUUUCUCUUAAAGUUAAAAAGAUUGGAAAAGAAAUGUUUGAGAAAAUAUGUCAUGUAAGAUGCAUACAAUACAAUGUAUAUAAGUUUAUAUGUGCUCUUGAUAAACAAAAAAAAAAGAAGUGCUGUCAGGUGAUGAUGAUCAGAUUAUCAAAUCCUGGCAGCCAUUGUUUCUUCUUACUCACUCAAACCCACCCUGCAUACUCAUCAUUGCGCAAUGUGCACUUCGUGUUAACGCAAAUGGCUCUAAAAGACCACCUUAAACUGGUUCCUCCAAAAUGGUCACUUAUGGUGCUUUCUCAUCUGGGCCAGCAUGGACCAGACUGGGUAGUUUUUAAAGUGUCCAUAUCUAGGUAGUCUUGUAAUUUUCUGCACUAAUUUUCGGUCCACAUACCAAGGAGGUCUGCUUUGGGCUGAACAGGUCCAACACACCCAUUACCAACUGAUUGGCCGGUUCAAAAACAUGCCUACCAUUAGUGGGAGCCUUCGAUUGGUGGAUUGAACCAAGCAGCGGGACCUUCUUGCAUGCGCAAUUCAUUAUCAUGGAUACUGUUUAGUCAAUGUCGCCUCUGACUGAAGCGGCGUCGCUCCUCACUGCUGUGAGGAGCACACACACACAGAAACACACAAAGAGAUUUAAGCUGCACAGCCAUUGUUUACGGGAGUCACCGCUGACUUUCUCUGUGCUUUAUUUGGCCCAGCCCACUAGCUAGGAGAUUUCCCCGUUCAUGAGAAGUGUGUGUGAACAAAACCUACUGGUGCAGGACCCGGACAAAUGCCGCACAGUCCAAUCCGUGCUUGCCCAGAUGUGAAAGCGCCAAUACAGGCCCGAUUAGUCACAUGACGGAUUGUUCAUUUAGAAAUGAAGCAUGUCAUGGCUGACGGCAGUCACUGAGGGGGCCAGGGUAAUGGCAGGCCAUUUCCCAGUUCUCUCAAUUACCAAUCUGGUUAAGUAACUACUGUUGCUGUAUUCCCAACUCUAACCUCAACUAAAAGUUAAUUCACACCAUACCUCUAAAAUCAAAUUAGGUUUUUAUUCACUGUGAUAACGUAGCAAAUGUCCUCACAAUUUUAAUAUGUCCCCAUGUUAGAGGUGAAAAAUGUGUCCUCACAGCAGAUGUAAGACGCACACACACACACGCACGCACACACUCUCACACAAUAUCACCAGGCUAUAAGGGCAAACUUUCUAGUCAGUAUGCAGCUCAUUGAGUUUUCAUGUCCUGGUCCAGUGUGCAGGGAACAAAGGUCUUUUUAUAAUAGGUGUUAUUAUGCGUCUUUUACUUGGCCGUUUGUUCAGGGCUCCUGUUAUAUGUUUGAAAACACAGUUAAGGCAGUCAGUAAUUCACAUCAUGUGUUUCUGUGUUUCCUACAGCUUUUCAACAGGUGGUGCUGGUUAAAGAAGAAGCUCUAGAAGAACAUAGCACUGGUGUCAACCAGCAGGACUUAGAUUUUCUCCACAUAAAGGAGGAAAUGGAGAAACUCUGGCCCAGUAUGGAAGGGGCACAUCUCCAUUUGAAGGAGGAGACUGAUGCUACCAGGUUUCCAUUCACUGUUGCUUCUAUAAAGAGUGAGGAUGAUAAAGAGAAGCCUCUGUUCUCACAGCUUCAUCAGAAGCAAAUAGAAGACAGAGAUGUUUCAACCAGCAGCUCAGCUGACCAGACGACAGCAGAAACUGGUGGACUAGAAACUAGCCGGAACCCAGAUCUGUACCCUCAUGAACAGACUCCUGAUUAUUCAGAGACUGACAUUGUAGAUGAUGAUGAUGAUGAUGAUGAUGAUGAUGAUGCAACUCUAGACUCUGAGCUGUCAGACUCUGGGUCUGAAACUGGAGACCGAGACAAAGAAUGGAAUGAGAACAGGAUACUUUUUAAAAACGCCAGAAGCUGUCGGAGCGGCCCUGGCCAGGGAACACCUUGGGAUUCCCCCGGAGGAGCUGGCCCAAGUGGCUGGGGAGAGGGAAGUCUGGGCCUCUCGACUCGACUGCCCCCGCAACCCGACUCCAGAUAAGCGGAUGAUAAUGGAUGGACAAAUAACAUAGAUUUACAUGUAAGUAGUUUAAAUAGAGUGCUGUGCUGUUUGAAUGUAUAAACUGAACGCCAAGAAAAAUCACUAGUUUGAUUUUUUUUCCGUGAAUAAAAUAAAUAUGUCAGGCAGGAGCGUCUCAGGAUCUGUCUGAGAUCCGUCUCGGUGAGACAGAUAAUAGCAAUCCAAAGUGCUUUUUAUGUGUGAUCUGACAAUUGGUCAACCAUUGCUUAAAAAUUAAAUACAGCUUAGCCGGUUAAUUGCUGUAAUCAUAAGACAUGUAAACGGCAGCACGCAGAACUCACGAGGCAACGUUUUACGUGAUGUUUACUUGUUGCUAUGAGUAAUAAGACAGAAAAAGCCACGCCAAAAUAAGUUUAGGAAGCCCACUAAGAAUCGUAAUAAAAGUAUUUAAAAUAAAUACCAUACACAGAUGAGGACACGUUGGUUUAAGUACCUGAUAUGAAGUGGUCGCUGCAUAAGUGAAAACCUUUACUCUCGGGAUCCCACAGCUUCAUUUCAGCCCGGUCACUAGUGCGUUUUAUUACAAUGGUCCAACGU